AUGACGCAAAUAAUAGUGACGUGGGAAGUAUACCUGGAAAUACGGAUACUGGAGAAAAUAAAUCAACUGAAGAUAAUGGACCAAACAAUAGUGAAGAUGCAAAGAAUUCGGGAGAUCUCUAUAACAACAUGUGCACAAAUAGUCGAGAACGUUCCAGAUCAAAAUACGGCUGGUGGUCACAUAAAUACUAAUUAUUAUGGAGGCAUUGGAGACCCAGAUUAUUAUGGACACAGUUAUGGAAACAAAUAUAAUGGCAAAUACUUUGGCAAGGAUGUGGAGGAUUUUUUAAUCAACAGAAAAUUAAGUGAUGUUGAAAAGUUACAAAGGUCGCGAGGAUUAUAUGAACAUUAUGAAUACGACGAUGGGAAUCCAGACGUUCACGGCAGAAUCCAGCGUCCUUGUCAAGCGUACGACACAUUCUGCAUCCGCAAGUUUUUUGCACAGCACUCCCAAUGCAAGAUAUCCGGGAGAGAAGUCCCUGAGCCCCUGUUCCGAGCCCAGGCCACGCUCAACAUCCCUAACUCCAACGUGUCGGCUAUAUUUAACAAUUUGGAAUAUAGAGGAAUCAAAGACGGGAGAGUAGCAGAGUUUUAUAUCGACAAAGAGACGGACAACUUGGUAAUUGCUGUGGACUUCGACCAAGUUACUUUCGGCUCUCAAACCUUGUAUCUGAAAUACUACCUGAGAGGUCGAGAGCCGGUCGUAGUGCAGGACGCCGCUGGCGCUACGUUUGUGCAAGUAUCAGUCACGGCGGUGAUACCAAAUCUGAAAAACUUGAAGCUGGAUCGCGCAGAAAUAUAUACGUAUAAUGGGGAACCUGUACCUCCGUUCCUCGCUGGCCCACGACUGGCGUUGAGCACAGAUCCAGAAGUGGUAACGAUGUUCGCCACAGCAAUCGCUAAUGUGCCAACGGAUGCCCAAGAAUCGCUGAUGACUGAGGGAGUUUUCUACAUUUUAAAUUUCAUUCAGUAUAAUAUUUGUGAUUUUGGUUUGAAGGUUAUUUAG